AUGGCGAACUACAUCAACACACCGCAGGCGACCGACGCCUCAUAUAUCACCAAUGGGCUGGAUCGUCUAGGAGAGAUCUCGCCCGAGAAGUCCUUUGCGGCACCCCCAGAAAACCGAGACUUGAUCAGCCAGAUGAGAAAUGCGAAAUCUCAGGGCCUCAACCUCCGAACCCCUCGAGCUGGACUACGAGAUCCAUUGCGCCUGCUACCGAAUGGCAACCAAGGUCGAUCCGAGUUUACACCUCUCAUGCAAAGCGCCACGAAGAAGAACAUUGCACGUCGCCUUUCGAGCAAGAAGCCCGGCGUUCAAGCGACUCCUUCCUACCUCAAAGGUGGCUACACACCUGGGGCUCCAAGACUCAGCGAUAUAUCACAGUUUGCGAGCGAACACACUUCAAGUUCGGCUGGAAAUGCAAUGGACAGCACUCCCAUGCCUCAACAGAUCAGUAGCAGUGCCCAAAGUACACCGCUUGUACCACUGCCAGGACGAGAUGCCGCCGGACUUGUGAAUGAUGGAAACAUGAUGACCUUACGCGAGCAAGAAAGCAUCAUUGACAAGGUUGAGAAGGAGAAUUUUGGCCUGAAAAUGAAGAUACAUUUCUUGGAGGAGGCUCUAUCGAAGCGCGGCAAUGAAUUCAACCAAGCUGCGUUGAAGGAGAAUACCGAUUUGAAGGUCAAUAGGAUCACCAUGCAGCGCGAAUUGCACAAGUUCAAGAAGAAUAUUGCCCAGGCUGAGAAGGAUGCGGAGGUCUAUCGAUUACAGCUCGAAGAAUUCAAAGAACGAAUCAGACGAAAACAAGUGGACGAAAGUGUCCGUGUCGAGCUCGAAACCCUCCGAACUGAGGUCAAAGCAAAAGACAAGCAGAUCAAAGCAUUAGAAACCGAGAGAGAUUCUGCAAAAGAUCAAGGAAAAUCAACUGUCGAGAAGCUCAAAGAUGAGAUUGAAGACCUUCAAGCUGAACUGCGAGAGAAGGAUCGGAAGAUUGAUGAGAGAGAUGACCAGAUUGAUGCUCUCAAGGCAAAGGCAAGCAAGGAAUCAAAUGAUGUCGCUGAAAUUGAGGAUGAGCUGGAGUCUGCCCGACAAGAAAUUGAAGACCUCAAGCAGGACCUCGAACGCGCAAAAGCAGCUGCAUCAGAAGCAAAAGAAGUCCAAGAAGAGGCUCUCGAAGAAAAACGCAAAGCCGAAGAAGAUCUAGAAGAGCUGCGCGAUGAGAUGGCCAACAAGUCCUUCACAACCAAAGGACUGAGUCGACAGCUUGAAGAGAAAACGAAUAAACUCGAGGACGAUUUAGAUGACUUGCAGGAACGACACAAUGCCUUGCAGGUCGAACUUGCAGAGAAGACAGACUCAGAGCGGCAACUGCGCGAGAAAGUUCGAGAGUUGGAGCGCGAAGGAGGAUCAGAACUUCGAAAGUUGCAGCAAGAUCUUGAGCAAUCUCAGCAACAACGUGAUACAUUCGAACGCAAACUGAACAGCAUGGCUAAACAACUCGAGACUGUCGAGAAAGAUUUGCAAGUCAAAGUUGAAGAGAAAGAUCUCUUGCAAACACGACAUGAUGCAUUGACCAAGGAAUCCGCAGAACUUCAGAAAGACCUCUCCAAGGCGCAGAAAUCAAUCCGGGACCUCGAACUUGCUCUGGACGAGGAAAGACAACACUCGGCACAGAACGAAAACCUCUUGAGAUCGCAGCAUAAGCAAGAAGUCGACCUUCUAAACGAACAAAUCGACGGGUUGCACCGUGAAGUGCAUUCGAAAGAGCGAGACCAUGCAGCAGAUCUAGAAGAAUGGGAGGCACAGAAACGGACGCUUGAAGCCGCGUCGCAGAAGGCAGAAGAGAAAGCCAACGGCCUUCAACGCACGGUGGAUAAAUUCCAAGAUGCGCAAGGAACAAUCAAUGGCCGUGAAAUGAAGCUACAAGCAGCGCUCGAAAGCGAGAAACAGCGACAUCAUCAAGAAGAAAAAGUGCUUCUCAAACAGAUAGAAGAGCUCCAGCAAGAUCUCGCCAACAAACGCACAGCAUCUGAUGAAAACAGACUCGAGCUGAACAACGCCAAAGAAGAGCUGCGUAUCUCGAUCAGAGACCAAGCGGCGCUGAGAGAAAAGGUGGCUGAAUUGGAGGAGGAGAUCGAGGUACUCCAGGCAGAUAUUGAGCAAGAGCACGACUUCGCGGAAAAACAACAGCAGAAAUUCUCUAGCCAUGCGGAUGCACAGAUCCAGCAGAUGCAAGAAGAGAGGCAGUCCUUGCAGAAGGAGCUUGUAAAACGUAACAGCGACCUACAGGACGCACGCAUGGCUCUCAAAAAGGCUGAGGAAGAACGUGACGCUCUCGAGUCCAAACUUCAGAAUGCUUCCAAGUCGAACGACGAAACAUUCGGCAUGGAUCAAGAAAAGCGAGAGCUGAAGCGUCUCAAAGUCAAGCUCGAGAAAGACAUUGCCCGAUUGACAACGGAGCGCGACAAUCUCCAUGAAGCCAACCAAGCGUUGGAAGAUGAGAUCAAUGCCGAGCUCGAGCGAGCAGGCAAUGAAGAGGCUCGUUUGAGUGCGGAAAUAGACUCUCUCCGGAACCAGAAGGCUUUCAAUGCAGACAACAGGGAUCGAGAAUUGACUUCUGCAAAGAACAAGGUCGCUCGUUUGGAGACUCGUAUCAAAGAGUUGGAGGAGAUGCUCGACAACCCUUCGAAGACGGUGGCUUCUCAAGCUGGAGAUCUGUCUGGUCUCAGACACGACUUGGUAGAAGCAAGAAACAACGAAACGGCAGCGACCAAAAGAGAAGCAGAUCUGAAAGCAAACAACCGCGACUUGAAGAUGCAGGUCAACAACCUCGAACGCGAGCUGCAUGAGGCCAAACUUGCACAAUACAAAGCCAAAUCGCCAUCAGUCUCGCCGCCUCCAUCACACUCGAAGGAAGUUGCCAGGCUCCGACAAGAGCUGGUCGAUAUUCGAGCCGAAGUUCAGGUGUUGAACUCGGAGAAUCGCGUGUUGAAACGUGCCAUCCGUCGAGCUUCUACUGAUGAAGAUCAACUGGUCAUGCUACAGACGCAGAUCAAAUCUCGUACUGCAGAGGUGGAAUCAUUGAGUGCCAAAAUUGCAGAGCAGAAUGACCUGGUCAAUGAACUGCAGGAGGAACUCAAUGAUCUUCGGGAGAAGGAUGGUGAGGCACAACACCUCUCUUCAAGCAUUCGCAAACGUGAUAGACAGAUCCAUGAUCUGAAGGCGCAACUCAAACGCCUGCGGGAUGAGCAGGAAGGAACCAAUGACUUGUCCAUGAGACUGUCGAGUCGCGAUAAUGAAGCGAGGGAGAUGAAGCAUCAACUCCGACGUCUUCGGGAAGAGCGCAGCGUGGCGAACCAAAAAGCUGAAGCGGUGGAGAACGAGCUCGAGGCGCUGCAGACCAAGUAUGAAGGUAUCCUUGAGCGUCUCACAUCUGGCAAGUCAAGCAGAGAUGAGGUUCGAGCAAAGGAAAUGAAAGGCCUGAUCAAAGAGAUUAUGUGGUUGAAAGCCAAAUGCAGACGGGAAGAGCGCCUGCGAAAGGACCUGGCAUGGAGCAAAGCUUUCCUCGAACAGGGCGAGGCUGUGAGAGUCGAGUGCAAUCAGGUUGAUCUCCACAUUCUGGGAGAAAUGGGCGUGUCUCUUGACAAACGCAAGUAUGAGGUCAAGCUGAAGCCAGUGCAGAAGCUGCGUGCCGGUGUGUUCGCUGUAAUCGCCGCCAUUCGCAUGAGCAACAUGGAAGAACAGUGGAGGGAUGCGAAACUGCUCGGUGAAGAGCUCAAGUUGAUCCGGACCAAGCAAUCGAGGCAGCGUUCGAUAAGGCGUGUUUUGGAGGUUUGA